AUGGCCCAUCUACAAUACUACAACUAUGAAGGUGUCGGCGUGAAGAAUAAUCAAGACUACUGGUAUAGUCAAGCUGUCCGCAUUGGUGAUCGCAUCGAGUGCGCCGGUCAAGGUGGCUGGGACCCCAAGUCCGGAGAGAUCCACCAAGAAAUCAAUGCCGAGAUCGAUCAGACCUUUGAGAACAUUGACCUCAACCUGAAGCAUGCCGGCGGAAAGGGCUGGGACCAGGUAUUCCGGGUGACUUCGUACCACGUUCCGUUGGAUAAUGAGACACUCGGGGCCAUGGUGCGCAACAUGAAGAAGUGGAUGCCGGAACAUCAGCCUAUCUGGACCUGCGUUGGCGUGCCAAAGCUUGCACGGGAUGAUAUGCGGGUGGAAAUCGAGGUGGUGGCUCAUGUCCCCUAA